AUGCAGCUGGGAGAGAAGGAUCUAGAGAUGCAUGAAGUGAAGCAGCGGAGGAGGCAGAUGGAGACGAAGGAACUGUUUCACACUGCUUCAUAUGGAGCCCCUGAGCCUGGCGUGCAGAGAAGUGAAAGGGAGCAAGGUCCUUUUUACAGGUGCUGGAGGGAGAUUGUGAUGGAUUUCAAACACCCUGAUGGCCGUACAGCGGCAGUUAUGCUGCCCCGAUGCAGUUUACUGGUGAUGGCUGGAGAAUCAAGAUACCUGUGGACACACGGGAUUACACCGCGAAAAUACGAUGUCAUUCAAGCAUCUGAGUUUGGGCAAAAAGUUGGAACAAUCACUGCUGAUGCUGGAGAUAUAACACUAAAUCGAAGGGAAACAAGGACAUCAUUUACAUUCAGGAAAGUGAGGAGAAGCCCUUGCAAUUGCAUUUACCCAUCUGUCUGUGACAGCCAGAAAGGACAGCAGAGACAGGUACAACCUUCAUUUCCCCACAGCGAGAUGGAGGCAGCAAAGCUGGAGCAAGAAUAUGUACACAAGGUGUAUGAAGACAUUGCCAGCCAUUUCAGCAGUACCAGGCAUAGCCCGUGGCCCCGAAUUGUGGAGUUUCUCAGGUUGCUACCGAAAGGCUCAAUAGUGGCUGAUGUUGGUUGUGGUAAUGGGAAGUACCUUGGCAUCAACGAGGAUUUGUACAUAGUUGGCUGUGAUCGCAGCAAAAACCUGGUGGAUAUUUGUGGAGAAAAAAAUUUCCAGGCUUUUGUCUGUGAUGCUCUGUCGGUGCCAAUCCGCAGCGGCUCUUGCGACGCCUGCAUCUCUAUUGCUGUAAUCCACCAUUUUUCAACAGCGGAGAGGAGACUGGCUACUAUCCGUGAACUCGCCCGGCUGCUACGACCCGGUGGAACGGCGCUCAUUUAUGUCUGGGCAAUGGAACAAGAAUACAAAAACCAGAAGUCUAAAUACCUCAAGGGAAAGAAUGGUGGUAAAGGCAAGGAGGAGGAAAUCAACACUGGCACGGCCCAGGGACUGCUCAGUGAUCAAAUGCUUGACAGCAGCAGCCAAGACGCAGCGUGUUCUGACCGACUCCUUGCUGACUCCCAGGAUGAAAGCUGUGCUGCAGAGCCAGCUGCAGGCUCCAGGCUGCCUGUUCACACCAACCGAACCUCCUUUCACUCUCAGGAUUUGCUGGUUCCCUGGCACCUGAAAGGCGGCACUAAAAAGAAAGGGGAAGGUGUUGGUACAGUGCUGUGUCCAGCUGGCUCUAAGCAGUCGCAAGGGCUCAGCCGCGUUUUCCACCGUUACUACCACGUGUUCUGUGAAGGGGAACUGGAAGCAGCGUGCAGAUCCCUGGACUGUGUGAGGGUUCAAAAGAGUUACUAUGAUCAGGGAAACUGGUGUGUGGUUCUAGAAAAGCUGUAGUCUGUAGUGUUUCC